UUAAUACAAAUCAGAUUUAAAUACGAUAUCUAGCGAUAACAAGUGAAUGUCAUUGUUCUAUUAGCGUUGCCACCUAACAUUAGUGCCAUCUGGCCACGUCACUUUGGUACUCUCUUUGCUGCUCUCUUUUGUGCCGACAUUCUCAUUCUACGUACGUAUAUACCGCAACACAAAAAGUUUUAGCUCGUUGGCAAAACAAGUGAAAAAUUAAAACAAAUACCGUGGAUUGGCUAAGUGUCAACCGCUAAAAUUAAGAAGCAAGAACAAGCAACGAGCAGCACCCAACACUAACACUAAAAAAAAACUGUGACGAGUCAUUUAAAAUGAAUAUCUUUCGGUUUGUUGGCGACCUCUCGCACGUAUUUGCCAUAAUAAUAUUAUUACUUAAAAUAUGGAAGACGCGAAGCUGUGCCGGCAUCUCCGGCAAAUCUCAAAUCCUGUUCGCAAUUGUCUACUUGACACGUUAUCUGGAUCUGUUCACCACAUACGUGAGUCUCUACAACUCUGUGAUGAAGGUGCUCUUUCUGGCUGGAUCGGGCGCCACAGUAUAUCUGAUGUAUGUGAAGUUUAAGGCAACCUACGACCAUAAUCAUGAUUCUUUCCGCAUCGAAUUUCUGCUGGUACCGUGUGCUUUGCUCUCGUUGUUGAUUAAUCACGAAUUUACCGUCAUGGAGGUUCUCUGGACAUUCUCGAUCUACUUGGAGUCGGUUGCCAUAUUGCCGCAACUGUUUCUGGUCAGCAAGACCGGCGAAGCUGAGUCUAUAACAAGCCAUUAUCUGUUCGCUCUUGGAUCGUAUCGUGCUCUAUACUUGGUCAACUGGGUGUACCGUUACAUGGUUGAAUCGCACUACGAUCUAAUUGCGAUCUUCGCUGGCAUCGUCCAGACCAUUCUCUACUGCGAUUUCUUCUAUCUUUAUAUUACCAAAGUGCUCAAAGGCAAAAAGCUACAGCUGCCAGCAUAAAUGUAGCAAAAUUAAUUCCAUUUCAUGGGCGGUCUUAUCUUUUCAAUGACAGCAUAGAAACGGAGCAGCAAUAUCUAUAAUGUGGACCGCUUGCUAAGCGUUAAUAGUAGUUUAUAAUCAUAUAAUAAAUGAGAACAGAAAACGAUAAAAAAAAACAUUGAUAUUGUAUAUCGAAAGUAAAACGGGAACAUUUUUGUGUUGCGUUUAGUUUAAACAAGAACGUAAGAAUUUUAAUUAUGUGGCACAUUAAGAAAAAACUCAUGCUAAUUAAAACUAUACACAAAUGUACAAAACUGUAUUUAUUCACUAUGAAUAUUCCAUUUCUGCAUAACUCCAAAAAAGAAAAAACAACAAGCAUCCAGUUGCCGUAAUUUAUUGAUCAUCCGUGGCUAUCUUUUUAACUUACGUUGUCUAUUCCUAAAACCAAAA